AGUGGCAACACAAUAAACACUUGUGGAGGUGUGCGGUAUACUUUGAAGUUGUGGUCACACUGUCGGCACAUUGCAGCAAUCUCCAUGGCAUCGGACAAUAUAAACGAUCUUUUUGAUGAUAUCUUACUGAUUGAGGAGACACACGCACGUUUAGGCUACGAGGAGGGUAUCAGAGACGGCUCUACUCAGGGCAAUCAGGAGGGCUACCAGCUGGGCUAUGCCCAGGGCGUGCAACUAGGCGAGGAAUUGGGUGGCAUUUACGGACAAGUGGUGGCUCAACAGCAACUGGAGCAUACAGAGAAGGUGCAGCGUACGCUGCAGCAAUUACGUACGCUAAUCGAUCAGUUUCCCCGCAACAACGAUCCCGAGGCAGACAUCAUUGGCUCGGUGGAGCUCAUACGCAACACGCAUCGACGGCUUACAGCGUUGCUUGGCACAAAGAAAGGCCGCAGUACUCAGGAGCUGCCAACGGGGGCUGAGCGCAAGGAUCUCAGUUUUUAG